UUGGAGUUUGGUUGCGAGAAUGCGAAGAAGUGGUAUGUGAGUGAAGUGUGUUUGUACGUAUGAGUGCUUCUGUUUUGCAGUUAACUGCAAUACAUGUCAGUACCAAAGCAACGGACGCACAUUAGUUUACUCAUUGGUAUUAUUUUUGGUGAAACAUGCUAACCGUAAGAUCGUCUGCUGCUGAUGACGUAGGAACAGUCCUGGUACCUGCAGUGAAUUUUACUAGGAAGUGAGAAAUAUUCCUUAUUUAUCAAAAAGAUACAGCAAAGCGCUUGUGUAAACUCAAAACAGAUGUAUUUGUCUGAUGCCAGCUCUAAGAAUGGUGCAUUUUGGUGACAAGCACGUUUGUCGAAUAGAGGAAGUGGAUGCACAGCUGGUUUAGCUCUAGGGGUGUGUAAUGUCCUUGUUUAGUGGCGCGCGUUUUGAAAUCUUGAACCAAAAUGUGGGUCGUGAAUUACGAAGUGGUUCGAUAUGACAGUUAUAAUGCGAAACUGUGAAGAGAGCUGCAAGCACCAAGUAUGAGCAGAGGAUACUACGUUCCUUGUGCCCCAUUUCUUUAUUUGGUUCCGGACAGCGGCGGUGCUCCGCCUGGGAUGGACUGCAUGCCACUACAGCGCUCCCCCGGGCCGUUCCACUACCUCAUCCACGAGCAGGCCAAGUCACUUGUCGCGCUACAGGAGCUGCAGAAUGAAGUCGGAGCGCUGUUGGAGUUCCGGGACCUCGUCAUGGAGACAUUCCCACACUUGCGGAGUAAGAUGGUGGCAGGCAUCACGUCAUGUAACGUCUCCCACACCAGCAGCACUCAAUCUAACAUCCCCAUUCCUCUGACAUCCUCCAGGCGCGAAUGGGAACCUGGUAUCAGAGUUCGCCGCAAAAUUCAGUCACACGCUGGUGCUAAAGACUCUGAGAUAUCGGUGUCGUCUCUGGCUUCGAACCGAGGACGGAGCAGUAAGACUUCAGCGGUACACACACAGCAACCAAAGAGCGGCGAGGGGAUAAACAGUGGCAGCGGCACAAGUUCCGCUGGGAGCAGUGCUGUGCAGGACUCGGGUUUCGGAACAGAGACGUCAUCCAGCAAGGAACACUGUCACAGCGCGACCACAGGGCCCGUAGUGGUGCACAGGCCCACAGCCACGGCGCCAUCUCCCGCUGUACAGGACGAAGCUGAAGACGAGCUGUGGAAUCUUCUUGACGUUAUCCAUAGGAAGGGCACGAAGCUGCGAGAGGAUGUGGAGUACUUACAGCAGAGGUUCCAAGUGAGUGACAGACUAGUGAUGGCAGGGCACAAACAGGGUGACGAAAUAAUCAGGCGGAGGAGCCUGAGUGACAUAGAGCAAGAACUUAUGCAUGAGUCCGGAAAGAUCUGCACUUUGGAGGAGAGAGAAAAACGACUUAAAGACCUCAACACUGUAAGAUCUCGGAAAGCCCUGUUAGGCAUCGCUGGACGUAGUCUGCAUGAUGGACACUCGCUUGACAAGCUUGAUGCUAACAGAGACGAACUCCGCAAUUUGCAACGCGAGAGGGACUUGUUGUUAGAUAAAGUUGCCGAAAUGGAGGCAGAGACACUCGCAAGUAGGGCAAGAGCUUCUCAGUUGCAGUCAGAACUUGGUUGCCUCAUAGAGGUUAAGCGAGACUUGGAGGAGCAGCUUCGGGCAGCUGUUAGUCAGAAGAGUGAGCUUAACAGUCGGAUCCACGACCUGCACCUGCAGUUCGUCAGUGGCAACAAGAACAGCGGCACGAGUACCUCGGCGUCUCCGCUCAGCGACACGACUGGCCGUAAGUUGCAUUUAGUCUCCGGGACCAGGAGGACUGCCGCUGUAAGCCAGGAACGGCUUCGCAGCGCGGCAUCUAGUCAGGCUGCUUAUGGUCGAGUGUCAAGUCCUGGCAGGAGCCAGUCGUGCUUCACUCCUGUCCCGAUAUCUUCGCGUCGAUAUUCAGAAAGUACCACCAGCAUCAAGUCACCUGUUGAAAAGAAUAUCAUCUCUCCGAAUUUAUCCAGUCAUCCUCAGGAUGUGGGGCCAUCUAUAUCAAGACAGGAACUUGAAGGCGGUGUGGAUCGUGUCAAGUCUGAAGUGUUGGAAAGUCGAAGUGUUGAGGAUAGGUUGGCCAGUAUGACGGACGGUGAAAAAACGAGGUUCAAAUUAGGUACAUUGGACGGGGUUGUAAGCUCGCCGUCACGUAUCGCACGUGGAGUCACACCUGAUCCCCACGUAGUGGCAGCUAUUCUCCAGGAGUUCAGCGCCGUUGAACUGCAAAGACAUCUGCUCGUCACGUCUGUGGAGAACAAGGCUCUUCACCAAUGUCUUGAGAGAACUGAGAAAUCUCAUGUGGACAUAGUAGAGCAGUUGGAAAAGAUGAAGGAUGAGAAUGAUGACCUCAGAUUCCAGCUGGAAGAGAAGAACAUAGAACUGGAGGGGACCAGAGCUCAGGUUAGAGUACUGGAACGUCUCCAGCAGAAGGCAUCUGAAGACACUGCUACAGUCUUUCCUCUUGAAGCCACAACUAACCCAGUCCUUCCACUCUUAGCCCUUCCAAUGGCUGUAGAUGACAACAUACAUCAUAGCAGCAGUACUGAGUCAGCCCAUGAUCACACCAUAGGGGUACAAUCUGAAGAAGGCACAAGUGAUCAAGGGGAGGCAAAGAAAACUUCUGAGACCCAGCAAAUGUCACCAAGGAGACGCCCCAGCAAGAUCCCACUUCCAGGAACAAAAUCAAUAUGUGCUCCCAAACCUCCAAGUGGAAAAUCUGCAUCGGCAUCAAGCCGAAACAAGGGAUCACCUUCACUGAAGAGUAGAACGGACUCAAAUUCUUCUCUUUCUGGAAAGAACACUGUUAGAGAGUCCUCAUGGAAAAAUAAAAGUGAAAACAAUUCAUCCCUUACUGGAGGAGUGAAAAGCCGAGAAUCUCCAAGUGGUGGAAGAACUUCAUCCCUUUUAGGAAGGAAUAAUAGUCGUGACUCAUUAAACAGUUGUAGUAAAGGUCGAGACUCUUUCACAACAUUGACAGGAAAAGCCCGUGGUUGUGAUUCUCUGAGUGGAAAGAAAUCCAGUGGUGACUCAAUAUCUUCCUCUGUGAGCAAGGGUCGAGUAGAGACUCCUUCCCACCAAAGUAGUUUCUCAUCUAAUGUGUCAGGAAGCAACAAGAGAGAAUCAAUUUCUGGUGGUAAAGGCAAGGAUGCUUCAUUCUCUUCAUCUACUGGACGUAAAGGCCACCAUCACCAAACCCCUGCUUCCACUCGAAUGGGCCGAGGGGGCAGUAACAAUUCAAGCAUUAACCAGAGGAUAGGAAAUAGCAUCUUGAACGAGCAGGGUGAUCAAAAUUCGAAGGAAUCUGGUGUACAUUUUGUUGGAAGUACUGAAGCUUGUUCUUCACUACACAGUCCAGCAGAGCAACAAGACAACACUUAUCCAGAUUCACUCAUUCAUUUUUCAUUUCAAGGAUCUGACCUAGCAGCAUUUAAACACCCGACUAAUAUUGUUACAUGUGACAACUCUGUAAUAUCUGAACGUCGCAACUCAGUUUAUGAAACUUCAGAAACACAAGCACAUCCUUGGCAUUCCUCAUCUUCAGAAUAUUUUGACAGUAUCAACAACUCUGGUAGUUCAGUUUUUCAGAACAGUUCUAUCCUGCGGUCAUUUUCAUUUUACCAAGACCAGUAUCUUCAGUCAGCAGUGCAACAUGAAGGGUUGGCUGAGUGUGAUUCAUUGGAAAAAGAAGCAGUUGGUGUGGAGCUUAAUAAUAUAAUGGCUGAGACUGACAAUGAAGAUGUAAAUUUUAUUGUGAGCUCAGCCUCUUCAAGAAAUCUUUGGGUGAAAACUGACAAUCCAACUGAGUGGUGACAAAAAUAUACUUCAUGAAGUUUUUACCGUACCAACAACUUUUGAAUAGAAAAUUAGAUGAAAUGGCUUAACAUAAUUGUGUCAGGUAACCAAAAGCAAAGAUGAUGCAAAAGUAUACAGUUACUUUUUCAAUUGUAAGAAUUAAAAAAGUAUAAUUAAUGCUGUAAUCAUGGCCCUAAAUGAAAUGUAUGGCAUUUUAAGUGUUAAAAUGUGUGUAUAGAGAAAUUAACAGAACCCUUUAACUAGAAUAUGGCAUGAUAUUUUUAUGAGCCCAAUAAAGAGAGCUUUCUCUUCAAUUCUGAAUAACAGUUUUUAUGUGAUAAUUUACGUAGACCUGCGAAUACAAUAACACAACAGGAAUUCCCAUUUUUGGCUACAUGUGCAUAUAUUUUUGCACUGAAGAAUUUAAUUUAUUUUUCCAGUAUUCAUUUUAGAUGUACACUUGAAAAAAUAACACUUGAGAAAAUAAAAUAUUUUUGCUUCAGAUUUCAUGACAAGAUUGUAAUGUAGUAGCAAGGUAUAUAUAGUAGCUUCUCUAUGUCAAUAAGAUUUACUGAGAAGAUAUAUUUUGAUACCAUUUCUUGCCACUAGAGAAGGUUCAUAUAGAUCUUACGGUGAUUAUAAUAUAAAAAUAUUUAAUUGAAGCUGAACAAAUGCUAACAGCAUAUGUCAAUUUAACAUCCCUAUUAUGAAAGACUGAAUUAAGAAUUUAUUUCAUUUACGAGAUUUGACAGCCCAAGUUACAUUUAACAAAUAACAGUUAAGUACAAAAAGAAGCCACUCGUCAUCAUUAUUAUGCUACACAUGUUUACUUUUGGUUACCAAUUCAAGAGAAACUUUUCAUUUCAUUUACUACUCAAAUAUUCUGUGGUAUAAAUUGUAGUUUCUUUUCCAUAUUUUAGGGAGAUAUUCCCUGUAGACCUGUGAUCAUCCUGAAGAGGUAUAAUAAUUAUUGGUGCUGAAAUAUUGUCAGCUACUAGAUGGUUGCUAGUGUAAGGAUGGAAGAUUAUUUAUAGAGAUUUAUCUAUUGCAUAUUCUAUAGUCAUAUAGAAACUUAUUUCUCAGAUAUCAGUUGACUCAGAAAGUUGUGAACUAUAGGCAUAGAUAGGAGUUAUUCCAUUUGUACAGUACUUUUGAAAUGUCUUGGUAAAGCUAUGAUUUUAAGGCAUUGUUGUAAUAAGUUAGUAAUCAAGAGUGGGUUUAGUAAGUUUAAAUCAUUACAUAUCGUAAUUAAUGUUAUAAGAAAUUUGAACUUAAAAAUUCCACCCAUUCCAGUCAUAUCUAUCAAGAAGUGUAUUCUGUUUUCUGCUAUGUAUUUUUCAUGUGUUAAUGAAAUUCUUGCUCAGCAUAUAACUUACUCUAUUUCUGCUACUUCUUGUUUCCUUUUUUGAUUUAUAAGUUCUUCCAUGACUAUAUUUCUGGGGGGGGAUUCAGUUGUUGGAAUUAGUACACUUCUAGAAUUUUGUAUUGAAAGGAACUGUAAUGUGCUGCUUAUUGUAGCAAUUCUUUUUGUUUCAUAUUUUCUGCUGUGUUGUUAUAUCGGUUUUUAUAUCUGUCUCAAAUGUUCUACAAAGCACUAAUUUUUCUUCAGUUUGUUACAGUGAACUGAAGGCAGCCAGUGUGCAGUCUGUGAGCUCUAAAUGUCUUCUUUGUUGAGAUUUCCCGGAAUGCUUUCUCUUCAGUCAUGGUUUUCACAAGUUUACUUAUCAUUUCUCCGGUCUAGAAAACUGAAAUUAACGGCCAUUUGGAUUCGUUGCGCUGAUCAUGCGACACCCUCUAUUCACAAA